AUGGCGGCGCCCAUGGCGGCGGCGAGCGGCGGCUCCGUGACGCGGCGGCUGCUCCGGGGCGUCUCCCGCAGCCUCAGCGGCGGCGGGGCCGCGGCCGAGGAGCCCGAGGCCGCCGUGGUUAACGUCGUGUUCGUGGACCGGGAGGGGCGGCUGCCGGUGCGCGGCAGAGUCGGCGACAACGUGCUGCACCUGGCGCAGCGGCACGGGCUGGAGCUGGAGGGCGCCUGCGAGGCCUCCCUGGCCUGUUCCACCUGCCACGUUUACAUCAGCGAGCCGCACCUGGGGCAGCUCCCGGCGCCGGACGAGCGGGAGGAGGAUCUGCUGGACCAGGCGCCGCUGCUGCGCGAGAACUCGCGGCUGGGCUGCCAGCUGCGCCUGGGCCCCGCGCUGGAGGGGGCGCGCAUCGCCCUGCCCCAGCGCACCCGCAACUUCUACGUGGACGGGCACGUCCCCAAACCCCACUGAGAGUGCGGGGCGCCCCCGGAGCCCCCCGGACCCCUGAGGGCACCCCCCAAACCGCCCCCGAACCCCUGGAGACACCCCCGAACCCACUGAGAGUGGGGGGC